AUGGCUUCGACUAGCAGCUGUGUUUCAGUUCAUGCUACUGAUAUAAUAUUGUCAAAUCAAAAAAAUAGUUGCGACAAGGAGUGUCAUAAUGAAAAUGACUCUAUUGAACAAAUGUUUUAUAAAAAACUGGUGGAAUAUGACGACGAACAUAGUGGGUCUAAUAAAAAACCUUGGACACAAGACAGGAUACUUGAAGUCAUAAGAGAUUUAAAAAAUAUUAAAGUGACCAUGAAAAAGAAAUCUGUAGAUUAUUACUGGAUGAAUAAAUAUGAAGUCAUUACUACUUCAAGUGAAGAGUAUUUAAUUGCCAAAAAGAAGCACUACUCUGAACCGACGGUACGUAUUGUGCCUCGAGAACAAUAUUUUGAUUUAUUAUCUGAAAUCCAUCUAUCUUGCGGGCACGGCGGUCGAGAUAAAAUGCUCCAGGACAUAAAAAGUAAAUUCUAUAUACCUAAAAAAGCUGUGGAGAUCUUUGUUCAGCUUUGUCCAGUAUGUAACUCAAAAAGAAGUCACUAUAGAAAUGAGCAAGUGCGUCUUGUCACGUCAGGAAAUUUGUGGGAAGGAGGGCAAUUCGAAAUGAUCGAUUUUCAAUCUUGCGCGGAUGGGGAAUACAAAUGGCUUCUCAUUUACCAGAACAUAGCCACCAAAUUUAUAACAAUCCGGCCACUUAAAAGUUCGAGUGUUACAGAAAUAGCGUCAGAGCUCUUAAUUAUUUUUUUAACAUUGGGCGCACCGAAUACCCUAAAGUCAGACCUUGGCAAUGACUUUAAUGAAAAUAUUUUAAGAAAACUAUCUACGAUGUGGCCGGAUUGCAGAAUUUCUUUAGAUUCACCAAUCAACUUUCAUCGAAAUAGUGAGCAAGUUGAAACGCAGUUGCAAACCUGGAUGAAUGAAAAUAAUACCACCAACUGGUCCUCCGGCUGCUACUUUAUACAAUACCAAAGAAAUAUUACAUUUGAUCGUACACUAGGAAAAGUUCCAUAUGAAGCAGUUUUUGGAUUUACGCCAAAAGGUGGCCUCAACCCAUCUACGUCUACCGAAAAUGAUACAAACAAUGUGACUGACGAGCAAAUGUCAAAUCCUAAAGAACUAGCCACUCUAAGAGAUGAUGAACUCCAAGUUAGUAAUAUUAAACUAGAAGUAGAAGAGGUACAUACAAUUACUCCAGAUCCACUUAAUAUUCAAUACGAUUUUGAAGACAAAUUUAGUCCUCCUGUUUGUGAAAAUGAAUCAACCGAUGCAUACAAAUGUAAAUCUUGUAAUAGUACUGUGCAUGUUAUUUGUGCCGUCUUAAAUGAUGAUCUUGGACAUCGGAUAAAAAUAUCAUGUUACGUUUGUAAGAAUGAACAAAUUAUAGAGCUCGAGAGAAACCAAGGUUUAAAGCGCCCAUAUGAAGAAAUAGAUAGUGAAAAUCUAAAUAAAUUAGCGCCAUUAAACAUUGGUCAAACUGUUCUACUUUCAGUCCCCAAGGCAAGUAGGGGAAAAUUUAACACGAAAACAAUCACUGGUAAAGUUGUAGACUUCAGGUUUGGCGUUUAUAGAGUAGCAACUAAAAUUGGUACAAUUAAAAACUGGUUUCCACGAUACGACUUGCAAUAUGUUGAAGCCAACUAUGGUGAGGUAUUAGAAAAGCCAGUUACUUUAGAUGAAGUCGUGGCAAACACGCCUGUAUCAACCGUUCAGGCACCCCAGAGAUGUAACUGUAGACCUGCAGUUAAUCAGUGUAUUACUAAUAGAUGUAUCUGUUUCAAAAAUAAAAGUUUAUGUGGGCCCACGUGCCAUAAAAGUUUAACUUGCGUUAAUACAUAA